AUGUCUGCAAUGAACCAAUCAUCAUAAAGUAAACUAAGAAAAUUAAGCUAAAACGAUGAUGAUAACGAUCUCAAGCAUAACUCUAGUCAGAAAAAACUAGAUGAGUCUCACAACAGUCGAGACAACACCUUCAUUACCGGAGACCAUCAUAAUGCGAAGAAGGGGGGAGCUCACAAUGAUGAUGAAACUGAAGAAGAAAGACAAAGGAGAGAGGAAGAAGAGUUUAGAAGAAGAGAAGAGGAGGAGAAGGUGAGAAAGAGAUAGGAAUAAGCUCUCAUGUUUGAAAAGUACCUUGAAGAGAGCGGCCUGUCACUUUCCUUUCAGAUUAUAUUUACUGAGUUGAUAUAAAAGCAGAUCGCUGAGGACUAAGUUUAUGCAUACACUGCAAUGAGACUCAGACAGAUAGGUAAAGAGUUGGAAUAGUUAGAAAAUAAAUAACAUAAAUGA